GGGGGCGGGGCCGGGGCGAAGGGGAAGCCAGGGGCGGGGCCGCCUAGGGGAUGAAGUGGGGGCGCUCGGCUCUCCAGCCUCACUCGCAGCUGCCGGGAGCCGGGGAGAGUGGGCCCCGCCUCCGGACGGGCGUGCAGACCUCUGACCCUGGAGUCUCUCAGCUGCCGGGAACCGUCCCCUUGGGUCGUCGCCCGGGCCGCCCGCCGUUCCCCGGCCCCGAGGGGCCCGGCCGGCCACGGUGGGGGGAGAGGUCAGCAUGAGCCGGGGGGCCCGGCAGGCCGGCGCCGGGCAGGGGGCGGCGGUCGCAGUGCAGCUGCUGGUCACCCUGAGCUUCCUCCCGAGCGUCGUCGAGGCCCAGGUCACCGGAGUCCUGGAUGAUUGCCUGUGUGAUAUUGAUAGCAUUGAUAACUUUAACACCUUCAAAAUCUUCCCCAAAAUAAAAAAAUUGCAAGAGCGAGACUACUUCCGUUAUUACAAGGUCAAUCUGAAGAGACCAUGUCCUUUCUGGGCAGAAGAUGGCCAUUGUUCAAUAAAAGACUGCCAUGUGGAGCCCUGUCCAGAGAGCAAAAUUCCAGUCGGAAUUAAAGCUGGGAGUUCUAAUAAGUACUCGAAAAUAGCAAACAAUACCAAAGAAUUAGAAGAUUGUGAGCAAGCUAAUAAACUGGGAGCAAUUAACAGCACACUAAGUAAUCAAAGCAAAGAAGCUUUCAUUGACUGGGCAAGAUAUGAUGAUUCACAGGAUCACUUCUGUGAACUUGAUGAUGAGCGAUCUCCAGCUGCUCAGUAUGUAGACCUGUUGCUGAACCCGGAGCGUUACACUGGCUAUAAAGGGUCCUCCGCAUGGAGAGUGUGGAACAGCAUCUACGAAGAAAACUGUUUCAAGCCUCGAUCUGUUUAUCGUCCUUUAAAUCCUCUGGCACCUAGCCGAGGAGAAGAUGAUGGAGAAUCAUUCUACACGUGGCUGGAAGGUUUGUGUCUGGAAAAGAGAGUCUUCUAUAAGCUUAUAUCCGGACUUCAUGCUAGUAUCAAUUUACAUCUAUGUGCAAAUUAUCUUUUGGAAGAAACCUGGGGUAAACCUAGCUGGGGACCUAAUAUGAAAGAAUUUAAACGCCGCUUUGACCCUGUGGAAACUAAGGGAGAAGGUCCAAGAAGGCUUAAGAAUCUGUACUUUUUAUACUUAAUUGAGCUUCGAGCUUUAUCAAAGGUGGCCCCAUAUUUUGAGCGCUCAAUUGUCGAUCUUUACACUGGAAAUGGAGAAGAAGAUGCUAACACAAAAACCCUUCUACUGAAUAUCUUUCAAGAUACAAAGUCCUUUCCCAUGCACUUUGACGAGAAGUCCAUGUUUGCAGGUGACAAAAAGGGGGCCAAGUCAUUAAAGGAGGAAUUCCGCUUACAUUUCAAGAAUAUCUCCCGUAUAAUGGACUGUGUUGGAUGUGACAAAUGCAGAUUAUGGGGGAAAUUGCAGACUCAGGGUCUAGGAACUGCCCUGAAGAUAUUAUUCUCUGAAAAAGAAAUCCAAAAGCUUCCAGAGAACAGCCCAUCUAAAGGCUUCCAACUCACUCGACAGGAAAUAGUUGCUCUUUUAAAUGCUUUCGGAAGGCUUUCUACAAGUAUAAGAGAGUUACAGAAUUUUAAAGUCUUAUUACAACACAGUAGGUAAUAAAGGCUUUUGUAUGUCUGAUUAGAGACAUAAUCGGACUGUGUGAAGCCUGUUAGUCUUGGACAUUCAGCAGAAGGAGACUAACCUUCAAAGACUUGAAGAAGGAAUUCUGAACUCUUAAAGAAAAAAUUAAAAUGUUCACUUGAAUAUUUAUGAUUCUUAAUAGAUUGUCAAUUAGAGAUAUUUAUAAAUGAAGUAUAUACUUUUAAAACAUGUAAGUUAUACUAAUUCUGUGUUUAAUUUCAUAUGUUUCCAUCUGUUGAAAUAGUCUGCUAUUCUGUUUUAGAAUUGGUUUUUUCUUACUCUGUCAUUCUUUAUUUCCAGUUGUCGGACUUAAAUGACCAUUGUAAUAAACACUGUUAGCGGUCCGUUGUGGAAAGGAGAGCUAGAGAACAAAUGUUGCUUCGGGCUAGGAUCAGUGAUAAAAAUUUAUCAGUGAUUUUUCAAACGUGUCCUUAGCCUUGCCUGAUGUCACCUUCUGUAACCCGGAAGCAGUGUAAUGAGUGGCCCUUUCAGUGUAUAGUUACGGAAGGGACUGAAGAAUCCCCAGGACUUCAACUUCAGUUUCACUGGUUUUUAUUUAAGAUUUUUAGUUGCUGUUGUUGUUGGUGUUUUGGUUUGGUCUAAAGGCCCUGCUUCAGUAAAGGUGAAUGCCUAUUGUCCCCUCAGCUAGCUGCCCAGCCAGAUAGCCCGUGUGUCGUGGGCUGCUCCGGAGGAUUCUUUACUUAGAACCUAUACUAUGUAUGUUUCUUUUGAUUUUGCAUUUCUUUGUC